CAGGGGACUUCGAGGCUACAAAACAAUCUAAUCUGCUACAUCAUCCAUCGUUAAUUUCCUCUGUAAGCUACAAAAUGCCCCGCCGAAACCAACCUCGACAACCUGCAUCUCAAGCAUCUCAACCAUCUCAACCCUCUGUCUCUUCGUCUCGACAAAACGAUGCUUUACAGGAAUUUCAAGCAAGGAGAGUACAGAGGAGAUUGGAUGACCUCGAAAGAACAAAUCCUACAGAUAUUCCAGCCUCGUCUUUUGUCCCGGCUGAAUCAUCGCAAACACCGGCCCCAGGACCGUUACAACAACUUCCAGCAAGGAAAAAGCAAACGGCAAAUGUCAGACGGAUCCUAUAUAACAAGAAGAGCUUGAAAGACUGGUUAGACGAGCUUCCUGCCGAACCAGUUCCACCAUAUUUAUCUGCAAUUGCUCCCGCGCCUUCAAUUCCGCCUAGGCGGAUAUGUUCCUCAUGUGGGUAUUUUGGGGCAUACAAAUGCUCCAGAUGCGCUGAAUGGAGCUGCGAUAGGGUUUGCAUGGAAGUACACGAAAGAGAUGGAGGAUGCGGAAUCGGGAGAUAGUCUACAUCAGGGCAAGGACAGUAUAAUACUACGAGAUGGUAUGUUGUAUCAGUAUCGCAUGAUUGAUGCCAUCGGGAAAUCAGGAAAUGAUAUAACAACUAAGGGCUCACGGCGUGCACUGAGCCGUACAGAGCGGUUGAUGUGGUGCCGACCUUUUCAGUCCAUCUCUCGAAUGUCAUUAUCAUUCUGCACCGAAAAUUUCAAAGUCAAUGCUCGCGAUGUUAUCCUUGUCAUUCAAGCUUACUGAAUUGAAAGAAGGGUCGUAGUCCUUAUCACACACGCCAUCUUUCAGACGCUGCAAAUCGUAACACUCGAAAACAAUCUCGCUAGCCAUACUACCACUGAUGAAUGGGGACUUGGGACUGAGGGUGAAGACAAAGUGGGAGUUUGAGGCCACAGAGCUUGUCAAAAUAAGGUGGCACUGAUUAAUGAUCAGCCUUCUCAGCCCACCAUCAAUCCAGGAAAGACUUGCUUGUAGGCUCCAAACAUCGAGACUUGCAUCACCAUCAUCAUUAAUCGCCUUCUCAGAGAUCUUCCACUCAUGUUCGAUUACAUCACCCUCCCAAAUUUGCAAUCCUAUCGUACCCGGUCCAGCCAAGGCGCUUGGUUCUGAAUCAUCCGGAUUGGAAAAGUUGGACAACAUCGAAGUGUAGAUGGGGAUAUUGAUGGAAACGAUGACAGAAGUCGGUUCGCGCUUGGGAGGUGCGGCGGUAGAGUUGAGAAGGACGUUGUUGCGAACUGUCGGGAGGGCGAGAGAGGGGAUGAGGAAAGACAAAAGAGUGAAGAUUGUGAGGAGGGCGAACAUCUUUUGAUGACGACGGAUGUUGUGGAGUGGAUUGGAGUUGGUUAUGGGGAUGAGGGGUUGUGAAGGCGAUAGUUGGAUUACCAGCAUCAUCUUUCUAAGAUACUGUCCGAUACGGAUAGAUGAAAGCCUCACAAUGGUACGUAGCUCAUUGGUGUCAAGUCAUGUUAGGGGGCACAGAAAGGAUUGCUGGCAGAUUUUCCUUUGGUGGGGUCUUACCCCUCUGUCAUCCGACAUCGACUCUGCCGGCUUAGAAGGUCCUUUGCGAUUUGCAAUACUACAUCCGCACAGUAGCAGGUACAUAUCAAUUUCGACAUCCGACACGUUUGAUUUGUUACUCUUAUCCUUUUUGUCUCAAUGCAGAAUAUUCUCG